AUACCCUCUUCCAAUCUUCUUGAGAUUGUAAUAGACAAGACAUCGCAAAACAAGCCGAGGGGCGGCCCCAUUGAAGCCCUCCUCCUCGUUACGUUCCAGGCACAGCUCGCCGGCAGACGCAGAAGAAAAGAACGCGCAGAGAAUGGGCAGAUUCAAUCCGCAGCACUCGUCAGAGCUCGCGCGUCGCUGCGUUUUCAGCGACCUCCUCGGCGAGGGCCAGUCGGGGCGCGUGUGGCGCUGCGAGGACCGCGCGACGGGGGAAGCCUUCGCGUGCAAGCAGGUGAGGAAAGACGGGCUCUCCCCCGCGGCGGAGGCGGAUCUGCAGCGCGAAAUCACCCUCCUGAUCAUCCUCCAGGGCCAUCCCAACAUGCUGCGCCUCGUCGGCCUGUACGAGGACGCGAAAGCCGUCUACAUUCUCACUGAGCUCUGCGACGGCGGGGAUCUGUUCGGUUUGAUCGCGGCGAAUCCGCGCGGGCUCGACGAGCGCGCGGCGGCGCGGAUCUUCGCACAGUUGGCGCGCGGCGUGCAAUGGUGCCACGACCACCGCGUCGUGCAUCGCGACAUCAAGCCCGAAAACAUCCUCAUCUCGCGCCGCCGCACGCGAUCUUCCGCCGCCUCCGACCUCUCCGCGGAGCCUUCCGCCGAGUCCCCUUCCUCUUCCGCCGAUGCAAUGUCCCCCCCCGCCCCCUCCGCCUCUGCGGAGUACGACGUGCGCGUGGGGGACUUCGGCCUGGCGUACCAGCUCCCGCGCGACAAGGCGAUCGUGGGGCUCGCGGGGAGCGCGCCCUACGAGGCGCCCGAGGUGCUGGCGCGCGCGCCGUACGGGUGCGAGGCGGACGUGUGGUCGCUGGGCGUGCUGCUGUACGCGCUGCUCUCCGCCUCCUGGCCCUCCUUCCGCGCAGGCGAGCGGAAACUCGUCCCCCUGGAGGACUUCGGGUACUGGCCCUGGCGGAAGGAUGGGGGGACGGAUGGGCGGAAGGGUGAGGAGAGCCGCGCUGGGGUGUCGUGGGCGGCGAAGGAUCUGAUCUGCCGCAUGAUGACCGUUGAUCCUCAGGACCGGAUCGACAUCGACGGUGUUUUGAGCCACCCGUGGCUGGUGCAGCACUCGAAGGUGCGGUCACAUGCUGCUGCUGCUGCUCCUGUGGCAGAAGCACGAGAGGACACGGCAGUCACGACUGCACACGACCUGCCAGAGAUGGAAGCCUAUGAGACGGGAGCAUGCCACGAGGACCAGCAAGCAAAGAGCCAAGCGACGGCAGAGUUGAGUGCUCAAGAGGCACGUGAUGUAGAGGACGUGAAGGCAGGCAGAAAGAUGGCAGCUUCUGAGAGCGGCGCGAGCGGCGUGACAAGCAUCAGCAGCAUGAGUAUCAGCAGCAUUGGUUCCAGCUGCAUUGCAAGCAGCAGCAGCAGGAGCAGCAGCACGCGCAGCAGCAGCACCACGCCCACCAGCCACAGCAGCUCGAGCUAUGCUGGAAGGAUGACCAUCAGGGCCUUCUCCUCCUGCUCGUGAGACCCCGCUCGAGUCAAACUUAGCAGCCCCACGACCACCAGCCACAGCAGCUCCUAACACACUGGAAGGACGCUCAUUGAGUCCUUCUCCUCCUGCUCCUGAGCACUUACAAGCAGGCCUGCAGACCAGCAGACCAGCAGCAGCAGUCUUUUAAGCAGUUUUUUUAGAGCUCCCUGAGCAUUUGCUUAGUAGCUCGUGUUUUACUUACUGUGUGUGCACUCGCUGUGCUGCUGUGCACCCCUUCGAAUGAUUUGUACUA